UUGAGCCGGCCCUAUUUAGUGGCAAAAGAAAGUUAUUUAAAUUUCCAACAAUACUCCUCAAGUUACAUUGCAAACAAUGGAUUUCAUCACUCGGUGGUUGUUGCUAUCAGCAUUCUUAUUCCAGUCCUGGGCAUUGGAGGAGUUUGGUUAUGGUUCAGAGCUGAAGUUUUUGAGUCAGGAGUUGUUGGAAUCAGCGAGAAAGCCCGAGUUCUUUGAAUGGAUGAGAGGGUUAAGGAGAAGAAUCCAUGAGUACCCAGAGCUGGGGUUUGAGGAGCACAAGACGAGUGAACUCAUUAGGACUGAGCUUGACAAGAUGGGAGUCGAGUACAAAUGGCCUGUUGCCAAGACUGGGGUGGUGGCUUCUAUUGGGUCUGGAGAGAAACCGGUUUUCGCUCUCAGAGCCGACAUGGAUGCUCUCCCCUUACAGGAAUUAGUAGAUUGGGACCACAAGAGCAAGAUCAAAGGCAAGAUGCACGCCUGUGGUCAUGAUUCCCAUGUAGCAAUGCUACUUGGAGCAGCUAAGUUACUCCAGAGCAAAAGAGAUGAAUUGAAGGGAACUGUGAAACUAGUUUUCCAGCCUGGAGAAGAGGGUUAUGCUGGUGCUUACCAUAUGUUGCAAGAUGCUGCUCUAAAUGACAUCGAUGCCAUCUCGACUAUACAUGUUUAUCCAACAUUUUCUACUGGUGUCAUUGCCUCACGUCCUGGUCCGAUUCUUGCUGGUGCUGGGAUCUUCUCAGUCACGAUUCAAGGGAAAGGUGGACAUGCUGCAGGCCCUCAUGAGACUAGAGACCCAAUUCUCGCAGCAGCCUUCUCAAUCCUUGCUCUCCAACAGAUUGUAUCUCGAGAAACCAAUCCUCUAGAGUCCAAGGUGGUUUCCAUUGGGUUCUUAAAUGGAGGUCAAACAUACAAUGUAAUACCAGAGACCGUGAAGUUUGGAGGAACUUUCAGAAGCUUGACCACUGAAGGUCUCUCCUACAUUAAGGAUAGGAUCAAAGAGGUUAUAGAGACACAAGCAGCUGUACAUAGAUGUAGUGCCAUGGUGGACUUCAUGGAGGACAGCGGACACAAGCAUUAUCCAGUAAUGGUAAAUGAUGAAGCACUAUAUGAACAUGUGAAGGAGGUUGGUGAGAUCCUACUUGGGAAACCCAAUGUGCAGCUUUUCCCAUUGACCAUGGGAUCUGAGGAUUUCAGCUUUUUCUCACAGAAAACAGCUGCUGCAAUUUUUGUGAUUGGGAUCAAGAAUGAGACUCUGAAGUCAGAUCUGCCUUUGCACUCCCCUUACUUUUUUAUUGAUGAAGAGGUUCUUCCAAUAGGAGCAGCACUUAAUGCUGCUGUGGCAACCUCAUACUUAAAUAAACAUGUUGAGUCUUCCAAAAAUCAUGGGUUUGUUUCCACUUCUCCAAAGGAAGAACUCUAGAACACAUCACUGGAUGAAUGCAAACAAGCAUAAUAAUGGCAAUAAAACAAUAAUAGCAGCAAUAAAUGUC